AUGGUUGGCAUUGCUCGACGUCGAGGUUGCGCUACAUGUCGUAAAAGGAAGAUUCUGUGUGGCCAAGAGAGACCAACUUGUGCGCAGUGUAUCAAAUCCAAGAGAGAAUGUACCGGCUAUCGAGAUUACCCGGUCUUUGUCACUUACGAGAAACCGACACCCAAACCUGUGUCUGGCCAAGUUCUCAAGAGCGAGCCGCCACAAGAUUCGCAGUCUAAACAUGUGGCUCGCCAACGGCAUAUUGGUCUAUCAAAGACGAACUCAAAUUUCCCGAAUUUGACCCCCUGCAAAGUGCUUACCUCGGAGAUAGCCACCCGUCCAUUCUCUAAACAGAUCAGUUACAAGCCUGCAUACCGACAGCAGAUUCUCUGCAUCUAUAUGGAUCAGAUCGUGCCCAAGGUGGACCUCGGCUUACUAAAGGACAGGAUGUGGAUUGAGAGUGUACCAUGUCUUCCCUACCUUACGUCGGCAUUGGAAAGUUCCAUCAUGGCAAUGUGUUUCGCCAAGAUAGGAGACUUCAACGGAGAUGAAAGAUUCAAACUCGAAGGCCUUCAACUGUAUCAUAGGGCACUUCGGGAGCUUCGAAUGGCGCUGUUGCAUCCACAGCUUUUGUAUGAUGACCAAACCCUCGGAGCUUGUGUUGCAUUGACACAUUAUGAAAUGACCGAGUGUCCUUCAGACUCCAUGCAACCAUAUCUGAGUCAUGUCACUGGUUGCGAGAAGCUCAUUUGUCUUCGUGGCCCUGAAAAGCACAGGGAUGGAAUGGCGCAUAAGAUAUUCGCACACUUCCGAGUGCAAGGGAUAUUGUACAAUCUUGGUAUUCACAAGCCAACUUUCUUGGCCGAUCCAGACUGGCAACGGAUUCCCUGGCAAAACACCUCAAAAUCUGCAUAUGACAAGAUCUGGGAUCUACUCAGCUUUGCGCCCGAGUUGGUAGCCAAGGGUGACAUGAUAGCCAAAAUGGAACCCGAACUGCAGGCGAAUGUUGCAACAGAUCUGUUAUCGAAAUGUUGGGAGCUGGACCAUGAGUUGAUGCUGGUGUAUGAUCGAGUGAUGAGUUCUGGCGAGCAGCCGACAUACUGGACGCAAUUGGCCAGUAAUGUUACAGCAACGGAAGAAGAAAUCAUGUUUCCUUUGGCACUCAAUUUUCGAGAUCUCAACAUUGCCAACACGCUGUUGAUGAUGUGGUCAACCCAAACCAUCUUAUGGCAUGGGAUGAUGCGAUUGACCGAGCUUCUGCAUUACUUGCAGUGUACGUUACCUGAUGGAAACAAAGUUCAGACUCUCGUUCUGCAUGAACUUGGCCAGCAGAGAGACUACAUGAUCCCCGCUCGAAACAUCCUUCGUUCCGUCGAGUACUGUAGUCGAGAGGAGUUCUUGGACUUGGGGCCCAAGUCAAUUGCAGCACCUCUGAGGAUCGCCAUAGACAUCCUCAAAUUGUAUCCGAGUCACGAGCAGGAGGAGUUAUGGGGACGACUCAUGUUGCAGAAGGUUUAUACUCGAUCUCUUCGACUUCUUAGUUUUUAUGAUGAAUCGGGUAUUGAUCCCUCUGCCGCAGGACGGCACUUUUAUGAUGCGUCGAGGUAUGAUCGAAGUAAGAUGAGACGUCGCACGGUCAAGAUUGAUUCUGCUUUAUAG